CAGCUUCCAGUUGAAGUUCAAGAUGGUUCGCAACGUGGCAGUGACCUCCCUCCUCGUGGCUCUGUGCCUCGUGGCAGCAGUUGCUGGACACAGCAGGUACGGCAUUGGCGGAUUCGGCGGUGGGGUGCUCGGUGGUGUCCACGGAGGUGUCCUUGGUGGUGUUCACAGCGGUGCCAUCGGAGGUGUCCAUGGAGGUGGCGUCCAUGGCCUAGGACUCGUAGGCUCUGGCAUCCACGGCGCCGGAUCCUUCAACACCGCUCAUUACCCUGGUCUUGUGCCUGGUUACAGCUUCUACGACCAAAGACCCGUGCUCGGAUACAACAGCUGCAAGUACUGGUGCAAGAGUCAUUACACCAACAAGUACUACUGCUGCCAACAACCUUACCAGGGAUAGAGUCAUAAUACUUCAUUAGGAUAAAUUCGUUAUUUGUUGGUCGUGUGAAAUAUAUUCUACUUUUAAUUAAAAUAAAUUCCUUUUGUUAAUUA